AUGGCAGCCUUCGCGCCCGAUCCGAUCUUCCCGGGCCUUCGCUUUUUCGUUCACGGCGGCCGUGCGAAGGAAAGGCCCUGCGGCGACCUCUUUGACGUCCGCCUGAGCGAGCGCACCGCGCUGAGCGAUGUCUACCAAAUCACCCAGAGGGCCCUGGGCAUAGUCCAGAAGGAAAAGACCCGCCCGCCGUGCGCGACCUCCGCCCACAACAGGCAUCUCAAGAUGAUGACGGGGAAGGAUAUUCUGCGCCGGCUGCAGUGGCGCUGUCUGGCGGCCGAGCGCGCGGGCUUUUCGGAAGGCCGGCGCUCCAGCAGUCCCCCCACCACACGCGCGGACUCGCUGCGCUGCGCGAGCAUGGCCUGGCUGCAGGAUAUCCUCCACGCCCCCUGCGUGCGCGGCGACCACGCCGUCGUUCUGCAGUUCCCCAAGCCCCCAAUGGAGCUCGACAGCCGCAUGCCGACGCCGUUUUCGCUCACGGGCGAGCCCAACGUUGGCGUGGAUCCGAACACCUGGAGCGACCACGCGGCCGCGCGGGAGUACAACGCGCACAUCGCCUCGGCCUUGGACGUGAAGAGGACCCUCCAUCGGGUGUUUACGACGCGAGACCCAUCCCCGCAGGGUUCGCCGUCCUGCGGGGAUGCCAAGCAUUACGCGAAAAAAACUCAUGACAGGAAUACAAAGGCUGGCGCUCUCAGCGAGAUACCCUUCUUGAGGUCAGAUGUUGAGGCCCAAAGGGAGGGAAGCCUAUCGGAAUGUCGUUCAUUCUCAGCGCUGGACCCCCCAGAGGGCGAAAAAAUAUACGAACCCCACCGCCAACACUACUUGCUACGGUUGCUAAAAGAAGUAAGUUUAUACCAAAAAUGCGAGAAGCUUGGAGGGAAUCGCCGCAAACUGAUUUAA